UUUAGAGCACUGCCUCCUGCUGUCUACGCCGGUUUUGAUCCUACCGCUCAAAGCCUCCACAUUGGCAAUUUAUUAAUUGUAGUUAACCUCUUGAGAAGUGCGCAGUUUGGUGUGCGGCCAAUUGCUAUCGUUGGCGGCGCUACUGCAGCAAUUGGAGACCCGAGUGGAAGGUCUACUGAACGUGAGGCUCAAGACAAGGAUCAAUUGGUGGAAAAUACUGAGGCGAUUACCGUUCAGUUGAAAAACAUUGCUUGUAAUGUACUGAAGGAGGAAAUCACGGUGGUUGACAACAAUGAGUGGUUCAAGGAGAUGUCAAUGGUGGAUUAUUUGAGAAAUUGUAAGCAACUACGCGUCGGUGAAAUGCUUCGGAUGGGAGCUAUAAAGGCCCGCUUAGAGGACAGUGGAAUUUCCUUCACAGAAUUCAGUUACCAGACGAUGCAGGCGUACGAUUGGGCCAUGAUGGUGAAGAAAUAUGACUGCAGGUUUCAGAUUGGUGGCUCUGACCAGUUGGGUCACUUGGAUAUUGGUGCUCAUUACAUCAAAAGAACAUGCGAAGGGACAUUUGCGGCAGGUGUUUGCUUACCAUUGGUGACAGAUAGUGCUGGAAAUAAGUUGGGGAAAUCAGAAGGUGGAGGUGACGUUUGGCUCAGUGCAGAAUUGACAUCGCCUUUUCACUUUUAUCAAUUCCUUCGUCAGCUACACGAUACAGAAGCUGAGCAAAUGUACAAGCAAUACAGUUUGGCUCCAUGGGAAGAUGUGCUGCAGAAGGUCGACGAACAUCGUUCAAAUUUGGGGAAAUGGAUUGCACAGGAUGCGCUUGCUACUGAGCUCACUCAGGUCGUGCACGGAGACGAAGGAUUGCGCACUGCUCAACGGUGUUCUAGAGCACUCUUUCAAGGUUAUUUUUACAACAGUAAGUUCGUGUCUAUGACGGGAAGGGUCUAUAGAGAUGACUUCGCUGACUCUCUGUUGUUAAGCAGUAACUGCAUU